UACGGCAGCGCGUUGCCCUGGUGAGGACGGUGCGUCGUGCCCGCUCCUUCAUCCGUUCAGCUGCGGGCGGUGAGACCCCGCUCCCUUUAACUGGCCGCGGCCUAACGGGGCUUCCCGCGUCCCUGGCCUCUGGCUGCGGCCAUGGAGAAGUACCAGGUGCUGGGCCUUGUGGGGGAAGGGAGCUACGGGGUGGUGACCAAGUGCAGAAACAAGGAGACCGGACAGAUCGUCGCCGUAAAGAAGUUCCUGGAAAGCGAGGAGGACGCGGUGGUGAGGAAGAUUGCCGUGAGGGAAAUCAAGCUGCUGAAGCAACUCAGGCAUGAGAAUCUCGUGAACCUUCUGGAAGUCUGCAAAAAGAAGAAACGGUGGUAUCUGGUGUUUGAAUUUGUGGAUCACACAGUGCUUGAUGACCUCGAGGCGUUUCCAAAUGGACUAGACUACAGCAGGGUUCGGAAAUACCUAUUUCAAAUUAUGAGAGGAAUAGCGUUUUGCCACAGUCAUAAUAUAAUACAUCGGGAUAUUAAGCCAGAAAACAUACUAGUUUCCCAGUCGGGCGUUGUAAAGCUGUGUGACUUUGGGUUUGCCCGGACCUUAGCAGCUUCUGGGGAAGCUUACACAGACUACGUGGCAACCCGAUGGUACAGAGCUCCAGAGCUGCUGGUGGGGGAUACCAAGUAUGGCAAGGCUGUGGACGUGUGGGCUAUUGGUGCUCUGAUAACAGAAAUGCUUACAGGAGAGCCCCUCUUCCCUGGAGAUUCUGACAUUGACCAGCUCUACCAUAUCACUAAGUGCUUAGGUAAUUUAAUUCCAAGACACCAAGAAUUAUUCUAUAAAAAUCCCCUCUUUUCUGGCAUGAGAUUGCCUGAAGUGAAGGAGGCAGAAUCUUUGGACAAACGAUAUCCCAAGCUCUCUGCUGCAGUGCUAGAUUUAGCCAAGAAGUGUUUGCAGAUUGAUCCAGACAAAAGACCCUCCUGUGCUGAACUCUUGCAGUGUGAUUUCUUUAACAAGGAUGGAUUUGCUGAAAGAUUUGCUCAUGAGCUUAAAUUAAAGAUUCAGAAAGAUGCCAGAGACCAUCAAUUACUAAAAAAAUCAAAAAUCAGCAAAAGGGACAAAGAUGAUGUCUUAGAAGAAAGAAAAAUCCUUGGUGUCCAGGAUUUCAGCAUCGACACGAAGAGCAGAGAUGCAAAGCUCUUGAAGGCGAAGCGCUCUAAAGCUGAUGCAGAGAAAGCAGACCGCUCCUCCAACCUGAGCUCCCUCUAUGACAGUGCAAUCAACCCAUUUAAAAUAAGCCCUCACACCAGCCUAAAAGACUCCAGCAGCAGCUUGGACUAUGCCAAGAAUGCAGGCAUAGUUAUCCCUCCCAUCAGUCAGAACCUUUCUCCCACUACGGUUGGGAUGGGGCCUGUGGCUGGGAACCUUAAUUACAGAAUUGAUGAGAAGAGUAAAAAAUACUUGAACCCAUUUCUGAAGCAACGGAAGCGUUCUCCAGCAGGCCAUUACAGUGUAAGCUUGACAUCGGUUACUAAUGAAAAAAACAUCCUUCAGGCAAAUAGGAAAAAAUGGGAAUUCUCCAAGGCAGAAGUGCGUUUGCCAGAACUAAAUCAUCUCCCUGAACUGAGAGGAGUGGAAGCGUGGCAUCCCAGAUUUCUGAAAAAGGAAAAUAAACCAGUUUCAGAGUCCCGUGUCCCCUCUCUUGCUGCUAUUGACCUCCAUACCCCAAGCCUGGCCUCACAGCAGCUGUCAGGGACCUUGAUGCCAGAUGCGUCAGAAGCUGGUUUCCCUAGAGUUGAACACUAGCCUUAUGGAGAAGGAGAUCACACCUGCCUGUAAAAGGUGGCUGACACAGGGGGAACAAGCCCCCUCAGCGUCCAGGUGCUGAAGCUGCAAGGUCUCUGUGGGAGAGAGGAGGAUCUCAUGGUGGAUGGCCAUGGGAAGCGGCCCUGGUCCUGCCCCGGGACAGAGUUCACACUGCCGUUGCUGCUGGAUUUCUUGCAUGCAAAACAGCUCCUGAAAUACUGAGCUUCUGGCCACGGCGCCAGGUCUUGUCUGAGGUUGCUCGGAGAAAAAUAGUAGUGGUUGGUGUGUGACAAGGGCAGAAGCUGAUUUGGAGGAUUUGGAAGGAAGCUGGGCUUUGUCUAGCUGCUGCCCUCUUGAGGGUUUUCUCUUUAAAGGAACAGUGAAGAGAGUAGAUAGCUGCUGAACUUGCCAUGUUCUGCUGGGCUGCCUGAUCUGUAUGGGAAAGCACCUUUGCCUUGACAAAAGUGUCCGUGAAGAAGAUGUUUGUGCAAGAAAUACAACGUUCAAAUGUGUAAAUGUUCCCAGCUGUCCCUCUGAAACCCUUGCUAAUGCUCAGCAGCGUGUGUGACCUUGUGUUGGGCUCCUUUUCCCUCCGUGCUUUCUCCCCGCCUUUGGGCAGUUGUCUGUCGGGUGUUUAACUGGGCCUGUUGUCUGGCUGCUGUCCAUGGAGAAGGAAGAAUAUUGGUGUAAAAUAUUGAGCCGUGGUGCAGGUGGCUGUGAAAUAGCUUCUGCGAGUGCUGAAGAACUUAAUUUAUCGCACCUUUAGGUCCCUUGGGGGAAUGGGACAUGCAAGUGUGGAACUCGACAGUGGCUUGUGAGGAGAGAGAGAUGGCAUCCCUUUGAUCUCGGGACUGUUGAGGAACUGUUUUUGCUUCACUGCCCUUAGGUUGGCUGUCCUGUGCAGUCCCUACAUUGCUCACAACUCUUUUCUAGCAGCUGGAGGCUGCUGCCAUAGCUCACACCCCUGUACGGUGUAGUUAAUUUUGGAACUUGUCUUUCCACAAAACGUGGCCUUUCCCAUGGACUUAUUGGGGCAGAAUGCAGCGUGUCAUCGUUUUCAGAGCUUUGUGGCCAUGCUGCGUUUUGACACCUUAAUAUUUGUAAAUAAAGGGAUAUGCAAAUUCCAAA